UUGGACUUUUUUCCUUCUAGAGACUCAGUAGUUUUACCAGCUAGGACGGGUGAAUCUGAAGGAAUUCUCCUCUGGGCUUGCAUUAUGGAAAAUAGCUCUCAGUCCAGCAGUCAACAGGCUCUAUGGAAAGAUGUGGAGGUUGGAAAAGAGAAGAAGACCAGGUACCGGAGUUAUCAGCGAGGAGCCCUGAUUCUAGGGGUGGUCUUCUUGAUGUUAACCCUGGGCAUCUUCAGCCUCAGACACUUCUGGAGCCCAAGUCUGGGGAGGGUGUACGACCAACAUUACAAGGCCAUGCUGGACGGUAUGGAGACAGACAGUAUCAUGGAGAUUGACCCCGCCCACCGCAUUGAGAUCUUCAGGAUGGGGAACGGCAGUGAUGAGGUGCUCGAGGUCCACGACUUCAAACACGGAAUCACAGGGAUCUGGUUCGCCAAACACCAGCGGUGUUACAUCAAGACCCAGACCACAGAGCUUCCCAGAGUGACAGAGGUGGUGACAGUGGACACAGAGCUACUGGUGGUUGAGACAGAGGGCAUAGACAUGCAGGUGAUGGAGGACUCCCAGGUGUGGGUGCCUGCCGAGGAGCCCAUCGCUAAUCCAGCCUUCCUCCUCAACUCCAAGAUCUGGGAGAUAUGCCAGGAGCUGCCCAUCCACUGGAUCCAUCCCUCCCCCAUGAGAGAUGCUGAGUUCCACGAGGUGGAGGAUGAGGAGGACAUACCUGAUGCUGAGGUCAGAGGUAACCGCGUCGCUCGUGACGUCCUGGACCAGGUUCCUGUCAACGACUACAGAGACAUUGGAGUUGAGCUGGAUAACCGUCUGGAUGAUCAUGGCUACUGCUGCCAGCACUGUCGUCGUGGUUACCGCUACUGCCAGCGCUACUACGAGCCUCUGGGGGGGUUCAACCCCUACCCCUACUACUACCAAGGAGGACGUGUCAUCUGUCAGAUCAUCAUGCCCUGCAACUGGUGGAUAGCCCGUAUGCUCGGGAGGAUCUGAUUGGAUAGUGGAACUGGAUUCAACUAUGUUUCAGCACAAAUGACAGGUGCAUUCAUUUAAGGCUGGAUUUACACUGCAGUAGGCUUAGUGUCUCAGCAACCGCAAAGAGACUUUAGUGCAUGCCAGAAUUUGUAUUAACUCUAAGCAAGAGUAAGUGACAUUUUGCUUUUGUGAACGCUUGGUAGAGUGUAAACCCAGCCUAGGCCCAUUAUCUUUGAAAAUAAUCAAAUCUACUGUCAGUCUCUCAUAAGUCUAAAUGGAGUUUUGGGAGCAUCUUGGUGAUUUCUCUAAAAGGCCUUGAUGUGUCAUCGGUGUGCUGAAGUGCAAUUUUUCUUUCAACAUGUAUUAAAUAUUUUUUAAAGAAUUUGUAACAGUAGCUAAAGAGCUAGUAUUGGACGUUUCUCACGGUGCUGCAUUUCUUUCUCAUUUCAUUUCCUUCUUAAUCUUUUUUAUGAGUGGCGUGUAACCGACUUUCUCUUGCUGUGUGGAGCAGACCUAUGUUCAAAUAGUAUUUGAUUUCUUUCAAAUACUUUGAGUUUUGAUUGAGCUUUCCUGGAGUGCUAGAUCGAUCAGGGUUUGCAUUUUUGGUACUAUCCCGGUGGUCCAAUCGCACAAGACAAACACAGCUAAAGUAUUUGAAAGAAAACGAAUACUAUUUGAACCCACGUCUGCUAUGGCCUAUGACAACCAACAAUGUAUUUUAUGUAGAACAUACUGAAGUGCUGUAGCCUGCUCACUCUGUCAAGAGCAUUUAACCCUUUCUAGACUAAAAAAAAUAUAUGUCCUAUUUUUUGUGAAUGAUCUGUUUUGACUAUUGUUUACUACAAUUAGCAUGUUUAACUUGAAAUAUAUAUGUAUUGAUGAGGAGGUAUAUAAACACAUAGCAAAAAAACUAUCAGAAUGAGUCGACUAAUUAUAAUGAAGCAGCGGCUAUAGGUAUGCUUAAUUCUUUUAAUUCAACUUGCCAAUCUUUAUUUGAUGUAAAGUCAUUAUUGUUAUUUUAAGCAGCAUUGUUUUAACUGUAAUGGCUGUAAAUGACAUAAUUAUGCCACAGCUCAAUUACCAUUAUGUAAUGUAAUCUGCACAUUUUUCUCCGUUGCUCAAUAGCUCACAGUAAUCAUGCUCUGAACAGUGAUUCUACCGGAAUAGAUAGGCCUACAACCACAAGAGAUACUGUUAUUAUCAAUUACAUGCAAUUAAAAUGUAUUUUGAUACUAAAAUACAUCUAAUGCUACUCAUAUCAAGAUAAAGAACUGACUUCUUGUGAGUCUUAAUUUGCAUUCAAAGUUACUAUAGCAAUGCGGCAUCCAUAUUAGGACGUUUUGUCUGAUAACUAAUAUAAUGGUUUCACCUGACAACUGAGGAACUUCCUAAUAUGGAUGCCAUAUUCAGGUUUCUACUGGCUGAAAUUCCAACAUUGGUGGAAAAAAGUCCAAUACCAUACAUUCAAAUGGUCCAAUGCUGCAGUUUACACAUCUAUUAACCUUUGAGGGUCAACCUAUGACAUGUCCUGCCUCCAAAAUGUAUUGAUUAAGUCAUAUGCCACUUUGCUUCAAAAUACAUUAUACACCCUGUUCAUAAUGCUCUAUGAAAGUAGUUAUAGAUGUUUAUGAGCACGGUUAUUAGAACAGAUGUUGUUAUUAUGUAUUAUAUAGGUUGUUCAUAAGAAGUGUUACUAACAUCCUUCCUCGAAAAGAAACCUAAAUAGAUGCUCUUUAACCAAAGCAACAAAAGAGGUAAAAAGACAGAUGAGAAAAGAUAGAGCCGGUUUCACUUUGAUUCAUGUUGGUUUGAAGUACAUCCAAUUUCUCUGUACCCUCCCUCCAAGUGAUGUACCCUCCCAGUAAUGUUGCAUGAAACAUACUGUAGGUUCUCUACAUUUAGAAUGUUGGGAAGGUUAAAAAAACAAUCGACCUCAAAAAGGUCAAACAUUUCGCGAAAAUAAGCAAAUUGACUGUGUCUGUCUUAAGUCUAAACUCAACUUCAUUACUUAUGUUAAUGUAUUAAUUAACAGGCGGAAGUAAACAACUGAAGUUCAAGCUGCAAACAUUGUAUUUUCAAAUCAAUAAUGUCAAUGGCCAAGGACAACAUGUCGAGUAAAAAUAUUGUCAGGCGUUAACAAAUGCAAUAAUUGCAAACAUACUUCAAAUGUGCCGACAGGCAGCUCCGCCAUGCCCCAAGGCGGUUCUGAAAAUAAUAUACAAUUUGUGUUGAUAUGUAUUUUGUUCUGCCUGUAUUUUUCCCUUAUCACGUCAUGCUGCUGUGUGCAUUAAAGCUGACACAAUCAGUAUACUGUAGCAACAGACAUGGUAAACGAUGGAAAGAGAAUGGGAGGGAGAGGGAGCAGGAGAGGGAGACAGAGAGACAGAGAGACAGAGAAAGUCAAACAGACGAUGGACUGACUGUGUAUAAAAAUGGUUAGGUAUUAUUAUAGUAUUAGUAUUAUGUAUUAUUACUAGUAUUAUGUUUGAUCUUAUUAUGAUAUUAUGUUUGAUAACCAGCGGUCUCAUGCAUUGUCAAUCCUGCAAGGUUUCUCAGGAGAUUCAGGCUUGGCUAUUGUGUGGUUGUGAGAGUAAAUAGCCCAUGGGAGCCUUGAGAGUAAUUUUGAAUGGGCCACCUCACUCUGACGGUGGAAUGUGAUACAGAUAUGACAGAAAUUGUGUUACUGAGAACAUUUCACGCCUUCUUGAAAGUCUUGGCCAGUGAGUAGAGACGAAGGAAGUUAAUCUGUAUAAUAUCCACCUGAUAAUGUAUUCUACUGUUGUUCCCCUCCGCUCAUAAUAGAGGAUUUCUGAAGGUAAAAGGAGACAGGCGAAAGUUGUUCUGUUAGACAAUGAUUUGAUACGAUUUCCCCCCUUAUGAUUGGUGGGUGUAUCAAUAUCAAGUUGGCCCAUAACUGUCAAAUUUGCCAUGAAUUAAAUCUCAAUUGUUCUCCAUCUGUAAUGCCAUGAGAGCAAUAGAUUCUGAUUAGUACCCGAUUCGUGAGUGAUUCGUUUUUUUAAUAGUUAGGAGACUGAGGACAAUCGUUGUUUGGAUGUUGAAAUGUGAAUUGUCCAAUUUGUGAGUAGGUGUAUCUUUCCUCAACAUACCCUAUCCAGAUGACUACAAGCUACACAUUAAAAUCUGUAUCUAUGACUCCA